UUUGUUGUUGCUAUGGACAGUGAAUGAAUAUCACAGUGGGAUUUGCCAUGCUGAUCCGGGCUACAGCUUUGAGGCUCAGGUACCUGGCCAUGAAUCCUGAAUACGACUACCUGUUCAAGCUGCUUCUUAUAGGAGACUCCGGUGUUGGCAAAUCUUGUCUGCUCUUGCGGUUUGCGGAUGACACAUACACAGAGAGUUACAUCAGCACCAUCGGAGUUGACUUUAAGAUCCGAACAAUUGAAAUGGAAGGAAAGACUGUCAAACUUCAAAUUUGGGACACAGCUGGACAAGAGAGGUUCCGGACGAUCACCUCCAGUUAUUACAGAGGAGCGCAUGGGAUAAUUAUUGUGUAUGAUGUCACUGAUCAGGAGUCUUUUAACAACGUUAAGCAGUGGUUGGAAGAGAUUGACCACUAUGCAUGUGAAAAUGUCUCCAAGUUACUUGUGGGCAACAAAUGUGACUUGGUCUCAAAAAAGGUUGUGGACUCCGCCACUGGUCUGGAACUGGCUUCGUCCCUAAAGAUGCCAUUUUUAGAAACCAGUGCCAAGAAUGCUGAUAAUGUUGAGAAAUCAUUUUUAACCAUGGCCUCUGAAAUCCAGAAGCGUGUUGGAAAUGACACUGUUCAGACUGAGGCUGCUAAAGUUGGCAAAAAGAUCAACAGUGCCCCCCUUUGGCCUGGGGCAAAAGACAAAGCUGCCGCAGAGGAGGCAAAUUCUUGUUGCUAGCAUCAUACCCAGAUUACAGCAUGAGCAUCGGUUAAUUUUGAAAAAAAUAAGGGCAUUUCCUUAAGGGGUUUUUUCUCUUUUUUUUUUCAAGAGUUGGGGAUUGCUCCCUGAGGUAUUCAAUUGUGUAUGGAGUUCCCUUUUCAAGCAAUGCAGCUACUGAAUUACCUUUCUGUAUAAGAAACAUAAAUGGACAAUAGAACAAUUUAAAUGACACAUGUGGACAUACAAAAUUGGUGGAUGUUUACUUUAGGCUUUACACAAAUUUGUUGACUUUAGGGUGGCUACAUGUGUAUUUUAUGUGUUACAUUGUGGAGAAGUUAUCGUGUUAGUAAUUGUGUUAACGCACUUUAAAGGGGAAGUCUCAAAUUUGGUCCCACCUUGUGGACAUUAGCUGAAUGACAGCAACAUUGCAUGUAUUCAAACAAACUCUUCACUCACUUCACCUUUUCGUUUAGUUAACCAUGACACAAACUGUAACAUUUAUAAAUUUCGCUUGCCUUUGUCUGCCAUUGCUUGUUUGAGGAGAGACAAUACUGUCUUAGUGAGGCUCAUGGACGAUGGCGCUGCUUUUACAUUUGACAACAGAAACUGGUGCGCCUUCUGUUGGCCAAUGGGAAUUCGGCAUUUAGGAUGCCUCUGGUACACUUCUGGUGAAUCGAUGUUUUGAAACACUAUCAUUACGCUAUUAUAUUGUAACGUCUGGCAGGGCAGUGUCUCGAACCCGCGACCUUCGGCUCCCCAGGCGGGCACACUACCCACUCCAAAUAGAGAUAUCCCUAUAUUAUAAAAUUAUACCAAUUCCCCUUUAACGUUUGUUGUUUAAUUAUGAUAAUACAUUAUAUAUUUGUGGCGUACAUUGUUUUCUUGGUUGGUUUUUGUAUAUUUCGUGAGCUUUCUUUUGUUGACAUUUUUGUUAAAAUUGAGUUAUUUACAUAUACUGGAUUAUUGGAUGUUUAUUAACCUCUGUGUGGUGUUAUUUUUUUGAAAACGAAUUUUUUGUGUCCAUAAUUCACAAAAUAAAAAAGUUCCAUCUC